CGCAUAAUGGGUGAGUGGGAGGCCACUAUAGGAGAUAAACGCAUAUAUACAUACAUAUGUUAGUUUCUUCACAAUCACAAAGAUUCACUACUUCACUUAAUUCCCUCUCUCAAACAAAGUAGCCACUUUGCACACUCAUCCUCAUCAUGGAUUUCUUUCCCUUCCUCCUCUCUCUUAUUUUCCUUAUUCUACAUCUCUCAGGACGAAGGGUGGUAGAAGCUGAAGUUAAUCUUCAAAAACAUCAUCAUGAUCAUAAGGGUAUAAUAUCAAAAUUGUUUGUCUUUGGAGAUUCAUAUGCAGACACAGGUAACAUCAAAAGAGGUUUGGCUAAUUCAUGGAAACACCCUUAUGGUAUCACCUUUCCCGGCAAACCUGCCGGUCGUUUCUCCGACGGAAGAGUCCUCACCGACUACAUUGCCAAGUAUUUAAAAGUAAAAUCACCAGUCCCAUACAGCCUGAGGAAAUUGAUGCCACAACAUUUGAAAUAUGGAAUGAACUUUGCAUUUGGUGGUACUGGUGUGUUUGAUACGUUGAAUCCAGGCCCAAACAUGACAACCCAGAUCAAUUUUUUCCAACAAGUCAUAAAAGACAAAGUGUACACAGCCUCAGACAUCAAUAAUUCAGUUGCUCUUGUCUCUGUCGCUGGAAAUGAUUACACUCGUUACACGGUCACAAAUGGCUCUGUUGAGGGUUUACCAUCAUUCAUAGAGUCAUUGAUUAAUCAAACAAUCACAAACAUUAUUCGCAUCAAAGGAUUGGGAGUGAAGAAAGUAAUUGUGAAUAAUCUACAACCGAUUGGAUGUCUACCUUCAAUGACAACUUCAACCUCAUUCAAACAAUGCAACGAAACAUCUAACAACCUCCUCGCAUUUUACCAUAACAUACUCUUAACCCAAGCCGUGACCAAAUUGAACCAACAAACAAAACAUCAUUCUAAACCUUUUUUAAUUCUUAAUCUUUACGAUAGUUUCAUGUCGGUGUUGAACCAUCCAUCUACACACAACAUUCGGGACGAGUUGAGGCCUUGUUGUGUUGGAGUAAGUAGUAAGUAUUUUUGUGGAAGUGUUGAUGAGAAUAAUGUUAAGAAAUAUUUGGUUUGUGAGAAACCUAAAUCUGCUUUCUUUUGGGAUUUGGUUCAUCCUACGGAGGCAGGGUGGCAUGCUGUUUAUAACAAGCUUCGAAUAAUGAAUGCUCUUCAACAGAUUCACGACUAGAUACAAAUCAAAUAGUGCUAAGAUAAGAUUGGUUCUUGUGUUAGAUUUUGUUUGUGUUGAAUAAUAAUAUAUUUUCACAAUUGUUUGUUAAAUUCAUUGUUUCUCAAGUGUUCUAUUUGUAAUGAUUUCAACUGAUUUUGGGAAUAUGAUCGAUAGCAAUGUGCAAAAAGAAAAUACAAACAAUUUCUCAUAUCAAUGAUAAUCCAUUUCUGACUUUGCAAUUA